AUGGCUUUUUACAAUGAUUUAUCAUCGUUUGUAGUACUUUCAAUUUGUGGUCCAAUAUCUAACGAUCUGGUCCCUACCGAUAACCACAAGGAAAUAUCGAGCCAUGCAAAACCAUGCAGAAGCAAAAUUGUGGAAUACAUCCAUAGGACAGAAAAUAAUCUAUACUCCAAGCUUGUUAUGCGUAAAUAUGUAUCUGACCUGUGUUAUGAAUCAAUGUGCGUAGCAACAUUUGAAGUGGGUGAAGAAAAAGCUAAAUUGUAUCGUAAAACGGCAGAGGAAACGAAAAAGCAAAUGGAAGAGGAUGGAAUGGAUCCUAUUAUGAUCAAUUGUGACUAUUCCAAUAUUCUCAUGUAUGGAAUUGUAGAAUAUCCUGACGAUGAGUGUUAUUAA